AUGUUUCACGGAUUUAUCACCAAAAAUAAAAAGAAACACAUUUUAGAAAGGAGGGUAUACGAAUAUUUGGAAACAUGUCAAUGCGUCAAAUUUACUGGAAUUCUCGCAAAGGGAGAGAAUAUUUUAAAUGUUUCUAAGAAUGGAGAUCUUAUCCUUUUGACCGGCAAAUCCUGGGUUAUUCUGCUAAGCAAAGAAUACGACCUCUUAAACCCGCAUAUUUCUUCGAGUACCUUCCAUGGAAUUUAUUCUUUUUUAGAUGCACUAUCGGGCUCAUGUUGCUGUGAUUAUAACCUUAUAGCAUCUUCCAUUGCCCCGCAAUCUAGGAUGUCGGUUAAAAAACUAGAUUACAAAACAAGAUGCACAUCCUCGCUUUGGUACUCAGACGAUAAUUCCAUUUUUUUAACGUCCGGAGACUACAAAAUUGAUGUUUGGGAUGCAGACGAGUUUGAAAUAGCUUACUCAUUCUCAGAUUUGUCGAGCCUAGUUUCCUCAGUAACACUAUCUAAUCAAAACUCGGCUUAUCCGCAAAUAAUAGCUGGACUAUCUUGCGGCUCUAUUACAUUAUGUGAUACACGGCACGCUUCAGCUUCAAUUUUUUGCAAACCGAGCUUUUCUUCUCCAUUGACGUGUAUAAAAUCCUUGAAACAUAACGAGAACCAAUUGAUAGCGACCUACGAUAAUUUAUUAAUGCUGGUGUGGGAUUUAAGAAGGUUUAACAAACCAUUACAUAAAAUCACGAAUGCUGAUAAGUGUCGAAAUGAUCCAAUAAUUUGGGGAUGCACAGUCAACUCAUCGUCGCAGAACUCAGUAACAAGAGUAUUGCAUGAAAAGGUCUCAGCGGAUUUUAAAUAUGAAGAUGACCUCUGGAAUUAUAUCAGAGACCACGGCUCAGCCCCAAAGAAAUCCAAGUCGCUGUCAUUACCCAUUAGGAAAAACAGUUUUAUGGAUCCAACUAUUAAACACCGAAGAGUUCUCUCCUCCGACCACUCGAUAAAUUAUAGUCGUUAUUUAGAUGAUAAACUUAUGAAUUCUGUAAAAUAUACGAAUGGCGAUUUUAAUGGUAUUGAAAAGGAAUAUAAAAACAAACAAUUAAAAAAAAGAAUAGAAUUGAACUUACAACACACUCCCCCGAAUUUUGCCCCUGACAAUUCCAACUCAAUUAAAUCUCAAAUGGUUCCAGAUAAAAGAUCUGAAGUUUGCACAGAUAUCCAAAUUUCCGAUCAUGAUUUCAAUAUCUACAUAGCACACAAGGGUGGAAUAAUUGAAUGCUAUAACUCGAAUACGUUCAAAUUAUUAAAGACGAUAAACGUAAAGGAGUUUGAUUCAAGCAUGUCAAAUGGAACAACCAAAAGCCAUGACCAGAAGAUUAAGAUCCAACUGAUGUCAGAAGAUUCAGUUUUGGCCUUCAACAACAUGGACCUCGUGGGCUUUGUUAACCUAAGAAAUGAUCAACUCAUUAAGUAUAUCUUGGUUGAAUCAAAAGAUUCUCCACAACGAACAGGCCCAAAUAGAGCAAACCAAAGAUCUUUUUUCCAUGAUAUCCAUUUUGAAAUGGGCAUCAUUAAUGAAUUACAAAGAUUUACUCAGAAUAAUAUGCCAAAUAACCAUGGAGAGCAAGAACAUCGUGGGAACGAAGAAGGCAAUCAGCUUGAUGGACAAGACCUCAUAGCGCAACAAGAAGCGUUAAUUAGAAAUAGACAUUUCGAAAGACAGAGGGGAAAUCGACGCGCUGCCACAGAUGCAGCAAUUACUAGAGGAUUAUCAAACUAUUCGCGCGAAGAAAUUGCGAAAGACAUGAAUAUCAAGGACAUUUCUACGACACCGUCAAUUAGAGAAAUCUACGUUACUAACGGAUGUGGACAGCUUUUUGAAAUUCACACAGGUACUACCUAA